AGUAUCUGUUCGCCUAAAAAACGAGCUCAGUUGCGAACGGUACUUUGAAAAAAGCGUAUUUAUGGCAAUAAACUUAACGUAACGUUUGCAUAAAAAAUAUUUCGUCUAAACUAAAAAAUAUAUAUAAAAAAUUAAGGGCUCAAAACCAAAAACAACUCUAAAAACAUAUGGUUUAAAUGGCUUAAAAGAGAAAACUAAAAAAAUAUAAAUUAACAAAUUCAAAUUGCAGUGAAAUAUUAUAAACUAAAGUUUUAUCUUUUAUUUUCCUUAGUUUUUCCAACAAUAAAGUUUAAAAUUUCUUCAAGUUUUUCCCUUUAUUUGAAGAGCUUUUAAUCACUUUACGAAAGUUCGAAAACUAUCUGUAUCUGACUGACUUAGUGAAUGGCGGAUGUAAAUAAUUGUACAUGUGUAAGUGAGUGAGUGAAUGAGUGCGUGUGUAUAUGUGAAUGUGUUUAUGUGUUGCAAACCUGCAGUUCUGUAUAGUUAUCUCAUACUAUCUUUUUUUGAGAAAAUUCGUAUAAAAAAUAGGUAUUAAUCAGUUGUUGUAAUAGUAUAGUUUAAUUGCUAGAGAUAUAUUUUGCUGAAUGUGGUUGAAUAAUUAAUUUCAAAAUCAAAGAAAAUUUAAAUUCUAACGUUUGGAAGACUAUUUAAUUCAUUACCAUGCAAAAAUGCUAAAAUUUACUUACACAAUAGCAUUUAAAGUCAUUUUUCUAACACGCUGAUGUGAUUAAAGGCAAGUACCUCCCACAAACGGUUACAAGUAAUUAGAAAAGGAAGUCCUUGUAAAUAGCUUGAAAAAAGUAUACAGAUUCCAUAGCAUAACAUGCAAGAGGACUAAUGAAUUAUAAAGUAUUAUAUAACACAUUACUAUUAAGAACUUUUUAUGCUAAUUCUAUGUAAUCUAAACAAUGUGUAUUAGUCAUUGUAAAAUAUCUUGUUUGAUAAGUAAUUAUAAUGGGAUGUCAUUACUCAGUUUUUGCUAGGAUGUUUAAAUAUUCUAUAUAUGUUUAUUCAUAUAUAUAUUUCCCAAUAAUUUUGAAACUUUACACAGUCCGACAUAACGUUUGAUUUAAUUUUAAAACUAAUGUUAUUCCCUCCUAUUGAUAAAAAUAUUGACCAUUUAUUUUAUUCCUAUAAUAAACCAUCAUCAACUUCCCAGCAAAAUCUGGUAAUGACUCGUACAACAUACAUUUCAUUGACAACUACUUACCGUCUGCAUUACUCAAAAGUACUCUAAUAAUGACAUAAUUUUAAUCUAAUAUAGAAACACUUUUUUGACUUUGUUAUAUAGUUUAAGGGCCUUAUGCAAAAACGAUUAUUGGUUCGUAUUCUCUCUGGCUCUUUUUUACAAGAACUUCUUUAACUAUUUGUAAGCGGGCGUGGAGGUACUCCAAUGUUAUCGCCGUGUUAAAAUAAUAAUUUAAAAUACUAAUGAAGAAGAAGUUAGAAUGCGACCAAUACCUUGCGCACAAAGCCAUCCAGCCAUCUGGACAGAUCUUAAUCGACUCAGAAAGUGAAUCAGAGCAUCUGAACAUUAACAAAAACGUAUAAUACCCUCUGCACACUACCAGCAAAAAUGAAACGAAGUACUUCCAAAACAUUUACUUUCUGUGAAAGUGAAAUAUAAUGACUUCCAAAGAAUACUACAAUUUAUUUCACUUCCUAAUAACUUCCAAAAAAAGAACAUCCCUCCUAAGACAAGCCUGUGUAAAGAUCAUUACUUCAUCAGGUCUUCUUCAGUAUUUCCAUGGAGUAAAUUUUACAUUCACUUCUUUGGAAGCGUCAAGAAUUUUUAAAGAAUUUUUUUUUUUAUUUUUUUUUUAACAAUUUUAGAAUGUUAGCUUUGCUUUGUUGGCGAAUAUUUUUGCAUAUUUUACCUAUAAUUUAACAUGAUUUGAGUUGAGUAGUAUAUUUAAGACAUUCAAAAAUCAAAACCGCAAGAUAAUUUUAAACUCUUUAUUUUAGUACUUUCUAUUUCUUAAUGUUGUACUACCGAUAUUUUAGAAAAUUCAAAAAGUACCUUUUGAAUAACAAUAAAGUAGCAAAAAGUUCCCUUCUAAAGGGCCUAACUUAAUGCGGGACAUACAUGAUUCAUUUCAUGUUUCUGAGUCUAAUAUUAUAGACAUUUCAAAAAGUACAUUUGAAGAACGAAAAAGUUUCCUUUUAUGGGUUCUCACUUAAUCCGGGUCAUACAUACUUAAUUACAUGUUUCUAGGUUCAGUAUUAUAGAAAUUUCAAGAAGUACCCUUUGAAGAACUAACUAUUUAUAGGUUAUCACUUACUACGGGGUCUAUAUGCUUAAUUUCACGUUUAAAAACCUUUUUUUGAUUCACGAUUCUAGGUUCAAUAUUAUACCAAAAUUCAAAAAGUACAUUUUGAUGAUUAAAAGUACUAAAAACACCCCUUUUAUGGGGAAGUACUUUUGAAGAACAAAAAACUACCAAAAAGUCCCAUUUUAUGGGUUCUCACUUAAUCCGGGCCAUACAUGCUUAAUUUCAGGUUUCUAGGUUCAAUAUUAUAGAAAUUUCAAAAACGUACAAAAAAGUCCCCUUUUAUGCAAAAAGUACCAAAAUUAAGUACAUUUUUCACUCCCUAAGCUUUCGAAUAUCCAAAAGGUACUAAAAUCGUUUUUUAUUAUUUUUUUGCUAAGUUAUGAAUUAGCCAAAAAUAUUUUUUGUAUGUUCUUUGGUGUAAAAGAUACCAAAGUACCAAAAUACAGUUUUUACCCGUUUUUUCCCUAAAGGGACCGAAUUUGAAAAAAGUACCAGACACCUGACCGCAUACUUUUUAAGUGAACGACGAUAAGCUUUAAACUGCUUUUGUAUUUUAUCUAGUUUAGAAGAUAUGAAGUUACCGAAUUUAUCCGUUUUUACCCUUUUUUACCCCCUAAAUAUUAGAAUUUCCAAAUAUUCCGUCUUAAUGGAUAUAUUUGGUGUGAGACCAAUCUCCUGUCCAAAUUUCAGCUCUUUAACUUUAACCGUUUAGGCUGUGGGAUGAUGAAUCAGUCAGUCAAUUAGACAGUCAGUCAGUAACGUUAGAAUUUUAUAUAUAUAGAUUUUCGAUCGCUCUUGAAAGAAUUCCAUUCCAAUCGAAAGAAACAAAAAAUCAGUCCUAAUUUUCCUCUUCAAAAAAGGAAAAUGAUAAAUUUUCCGAAUGAAACCACUUCAAAUUUUCAACGUGAAAUUGACAAUAGUUUAAAGUAUUUUUUUAAGUUUUUAUCGAUUUAUUUAUAAGUUAUAAUUCAACUUUCGAUCGAAAUGGAAUUUUGUGGCAGGCCUUAUAAUCAACUUGUGGGAAGAUGGAGUUUCCAAUUAGAUCGAUAUAUGUGAAAAAAUGCCUAAAAGGGAUAAAUUAACUCCUUGUAAACUUUCGGGAGUAUAAAAAUAUUUUUUCAUCUUCAUUUGUAUGCGUUUGCUACUUUUUUGUUUAUAUUUCUCGUUGUUGUGAUCAAGACAUCUGAUGAUUUAUUUUUAACAAACUGUUUAACUGUGUAAAAAAAUUGUGUCUGCCAGAAAGAACAGAAACCAAAAUAAAACAACUAAAAUAAGAAAAAAAUAUUUGAAACCAUCUGUCAUCAGAAAUUUGAAAAAAAAAAAUAAAUUGCAAAAUAUAAAUAACAAACGCAAAAACUACACAUGUGUGUUUGGCCCUGUAGAUUUUAUAAAUACAUUUUUGAUUUUUUUUUUGCCAAAUUGCAAUUUUUUGUAGGUCAUUUUUUAUUAUUUGUUAAGUGUAACAAGAAAAACACAUGCAUUAGAUGCAUGAAUUGUCUUCAAGAAGACUUUAAGGCGCUUUUUGUUGGCAAUAUUUUGCUCAUUUGAAAAAAUAAACAUACAUUGUUGUUGUUGUUGUUAAUUGUCAACUUAUUUAGAUAAUAAACAUUAAAUGAAUAUUGAAACCAAAUACAAUAUUAAAAAAAACAAAUAAUUAAAAAGAAUUUACUUGAAUUGUUUAAAAUAAAAACUCUCAAUGUCAACCGUCGUCAUGUCGAAAACUUCAUAUAAAACUUUAUACUUCAAGCAAGCUAAAGUGAUAUGUUGCCAACGGGCUUAAGUUGUAUGUGCCACAUGCUGUAGAGGUGACAUGUAACAUGAUUUUAGCGUGGCACAGUAGAAGUACUUAGCGCCGCCGCUGCCACAAAAUAACAGUGUCACUGUCACACAACCAACACCAACUGACAGCAAGAGCACAUCACCACCCCAAGUGUGCCCAAUGUAAAUCAAAGUUCCUACAUUUUAAAUUAAGCAUCAACAACGACAACAAAAAUAAAAGAAAAUCUCAAAAAAAAUCAUACAGAAAUAAAUGAAAGAGUUGUACUUUAUUCCAUCCAUGUUAAAGAAUAUAUAAAUGUAAAGGAAGAAGCAAUAACAAAUCAUUAUCAUCUUCCUCGCCUGCAUCAGCUUCAACAGCUCAACUAUUGCAGCAACAUCAUGUCUCUGUUGUAUUUACCAAAGUAUUAAAUGAGGGAUUAUUUGUUGCAACUAUAAUUCUACAGUUGUUGACUGUUGUAUAGCAGCAGUUGAUGUGGUUGUUGAUGCUACAUGCAGUCGCUGUGUGUUGUUAAGCGCAAUGAUAUUCCAUGAACAACAAGCGGAAAUGCUUGUUGUAUCAAAGUCAAAAGAAUCAGAAAAAAACCCCACUUCCACAAAAAACAUUCCCAAUGAAAAUUUAACGAAUUUACCGAAUCUGUUGUCAUCAUCAGCCUUAACAACAGCAACAAGAUCACAACAACAAAUAUCAGCAAUUCAAACAUUUAAGAAGCCAAAUCUAGAUGCUGCAGUUGUAUUGAAUGUAAAAUGUCAUUGUGAUAUUGAAAAUGCCCGUUGUUCAUCAUCAAAUUCGUACGGAUAUUAUCAUCAUCAUUGUAUGAAUUCAGCGUAUUUUUAUGAAUUGCCAACAAAGUUCGCAUUGUUGCCAAGUGUGAUUAGUGGCAGUGGUUGUGGCACUAAUGCCGCUGGAGUUGGCGCAAGGAGUGAAUGUAAUGAGAAACAACUUUAUUUGGCCGAUAGAAAACGUUGCUGGCCUCCUCCAGUAUUUAUUGUUUUCAUAUCACUAUUGGAGAUCGGCGUAUUUCUGUACGAUUACAUAACAGUAAGACCGCAAACAGAGUUGAACAGCACCAGCAUACCAAGUGAGUCACUCUUGAUUUAUCGUCCAGAUCGUCGCCUACAGAUAUGGCGUUUUCUAACGUACAUGGUUUUGCAUGCAAAUUGGUUUCAUUUGGGUUUCAAUGUCAUCGUUCAACUGCUCUAUGGGUUGCCUUUAGAAAUGGUACAUGGCUCCGCACGUAUUGCUACAAUUUAUCUAGCCGGUGUUUUAGCCGGCUCUUUGGGUACUAGUGUGAUUGAUUCCGAAGUGUAUUUGGUGGGAGCGAGUGGUGGAGUAUAUGCGCUGCUAGCAGCACAAUUGGCUAAUGUCAUGAUUAAUUUCGGGCAAAUGCGUUAUGGUGUCUCUCAACUCUUGGCCGUUUUAAUAUUUGUAUUUUGUGAUACGGGUUAUGCUUUCUAUAGCAAAUUUAUAAUCGAAGACUCUUUAGAUAUAAUACCCUCGGUAUCGUAUAUUGCACAUUUGACUGGAUCUUUAGCCGGUUUCACUAUUGGACUUUUAGUAUUAACAAAUUUUGAACAUAAAACUGAAUCGAAUUUAAUACGUUGGCUUGCGUUUGGUGUUUAUGUGUCCUUUACCUUAUUCGCCAUUGCAUUUAACCUGAUCAAUACUGUCAUUGCUCAAAAACUCGAAGAAGAAGGUGAAGUUAUAAAACAACAUUUGUUUCAUGAUUUGGGCAUAUCCUAAAUAAACAUUAUAUAAACAACGAUUUUUUUAUUACUAAGUAUUCAUUUUUAAUACUCGCAAUAGUUUUAUAUUUUCUCUUUAAUUUUCAAUGCAGUUUUAAGCCCAAAAACAUGAAACCAAAUCGUUAAGAAUAAGCCAAAGACUGAAAGAAUUUGUUUUAUAUAUCAGUAGUAAUAUGUAUAAUUAACGUAUUUUUAAUGUGUUAUUUUGUUUUUUUUUUUAUUAAAUAUUUAUUAAUAUUGUUGAUUUUUGCUAAUUUUGGUCUUCAUUUCUUUUCAUUUUUUCAAUAUUAGGUACAAUAGCGUUAAAUAUCUUUUAAUUUAGACAUAAUCUUUUUAUAUUUAAGUAACCUUGUGAUUAAUGUUAGAUGAUACCAUUUAAUUGUCCCUUCAUGUCCAGGGUUUACUCUUUUCAUACCAGAUUUAAUUGAUAGUUUCGUUUUUCGGUCUACCGAAUACGUACUUAGGUGAUGUUGCCGACUCAACAGAGGCCUUCACAUCUGCGUGAUUUUAAGUGGAAGUUAAGCAACAGAGCCGCAAUGGUCAGAGAAUAUAAUGAUCGAGUACUUGAACAAAGUGCUUGUACACAAAGAGUCGGUGGUAAGUCAUCUACUCAGAUCACCCAGUGGUUACAAAAGUACUACCGUAAAAUAAGGCCAACACGGCUGGUGUUUGAGCACAGCAAUUCGACAUCUUGGAUUCAUCUGUAGAAACAAGAAAUAAUUCAUUCUCGAAAGAAAUAUAUUUUUUAAAUAGAAAAAAUAGUUGAGUGGACUAUAGUGGAUAUCUCUCAAAUGUGAACCAAGUCCAAAGAUUUUAAUAUUCCAUGGACCGACUGCUUUCAGCCUAACGGUCGUAUUUAGGAUCAAUGACAUUAGGUAGCUACUUGCAGCACAGAAAGAGAGGUUAGCCAAAUAGAGUUGAUCUAACUGCCCAAGUCCUACCUAUGCAAUUUUUGCAUUGUAGAUAGCACCUAACCUGACAUGGAAAUCAUAGAACCUGAUUUCCACUACAUUAAGACGUGGCAGUGGUUAAUUUUCUAACAUCUGGAGAACUGUAGAUAUUAAUUCCGUUUUCCUUGAGGGACGUACAAAGGUUUUUUUUAUUUCGUUAUUCACAUACGUAAUUAUUUCUUUGUUUACAUAAUUUUUUAAAUAGACAAUUUUCAAAUUUUUUUUAAUAAUUAAAAAAUAUUUUAUUAUUAGCUCAUAAAAGAAAAUAAUUCAAAAUAUACUUUACCAAAGAACUUAAACUUUGUAAUAUAAAACUCUCUAGAUAAAACCAAGAAAGACAAACGAAUAAAUAAAAAAACCUUAAUAUUACCAAAUUAUUUUAAUUAAAUAAACAACAAAAACUUAAAUGCAAGCAAUAAAAACUGAACUGCAACGUUAACAAUAAAUAAAACCAAAAUAAAAUUAAAAAGAAAUAAAAAUUUUGCUCAAUGAAUGAAUGAAUUUUACUAUUAAAAUAUUAAGUAAGUAAUUAUAAUGAAUUAAUACAAUUAACAAAGAAUAAAAAAACAAAUGUAAUUUAAUAUUAACGUUUAAUAAACUGCAUGAACUACAAUAAUAAUUGGGCUUAAACGAACUGUAAAACACCCAACUUAAAAAAAAUCAUUAGUAAAACUAAAAGUAUGGAUUAAAAAAUUUUCAAAUUAUUUUAAAGUAAAAGAAAAUCUGAACAAUUAUUCCCAGUCCGUUCAAAAUAUUCAUUUUUUAACAAUUAAAUUAAUAUUGAUUUCUGGCAAAAACUAUUUAAAACUUAAUAUAUUCACAAAGUUUUAUUAAAAAUGAUUAUAGGUGUAAUAAACUAUAAAAUAACAUGUAUUUUGCAAAAUAAUUAAAAAAAAAACACAAAUAAUGAGUUGUAAAUGAAAAAUACAAUAAAGAAUAAUAACAAAAAAAUGUUUAAAAUAUUGCAGUGACAGUUUUAAUUUACAAUGAAAACAACUGAAUAUCGUUUGUACAAGAAACAUGUACUCAGUCGGAAAAAAUAUGACAUAAACAAUAAAAUUAAAUUUAUCAAUGAAAAUUAACAUUUACUCAGUCAUACUAUUUUUAAAAAUUCUAGUGUAAUAAGAUCUACUUAUUAAUUAAAUUAGUGACAAACUCGUACAUAAAUUAUAAAAAAAAACAAACAAAAAAGAAUCAUCAACAAAAAGAUUAUUUAAAUAGUAUAUCAAUUACAUAAUAAAUAAAAACGUAUUUAUGCUUAAAAACAAUCUUUUGUGUUUUUU